CCGCGCGUCCCAUCGCAGCGCCAUGGCCGCGCAGAGCCCCGCGGACACCCUGCGCAGCGAAACCUCCUGCUCCAUCUGCCUCGGUUACUUCCAGGACCCGGUCUCCAUCCCCUGCGGACACAACUUCUGCCGCGGCUGCAUCUCCCGCUGCUGGGAAGGGCUGGAAGCGCCGUUCUCCUGCCCCCAGUGCCGGCAACCGGCCCCGCAGCGCAGCCUCCGCCCCAGCCGCGAACUGGCCAACAUCGCGCUCAUCGCCCGCAGCAUGAGCCUGGGAGGAAGGGCAGGGGCAGGAGGAGGAGGAGGAAGAGGAGGAGGGUGGGAGACGCUCUGCGGGCAGCACCAGGAGGCUCUGAAGCUCUUCUGCACCGAGGACCUGCAGCCCAUCUGCGUAGUGUGCGACCGGGCCCGUGCCCACCGCGGCCACAGCGUGGUCCCCAUCGAGGAAGCUGCGGAGAAGUACAAGGAAGAAAUCCUGAGCUGCCUGCGGGCUCGGAGGGAGGAGAGGGCAAAGUACCUGGAAAGCAGGAAAGCCGGAGGAAGGAGGAGCUCGUACCUGGACCGGACCCGGACCGAAGGGAGGAGGACGGCGGGGGAGUUCCAUCAGCUGCAGCGGUUCCUGCGGGAGCAAGAGCGCCUCCUGCUGGCAGAGCUGGCGCAGCUGGACCGCGCCAUCGCCCGGGCGCAGGAGGAGGCGGCGGCCAAGGUCUCGGAGGAGAUGUCCCACCUCGACACCCUCCUGUGGGAGAUGGAGGGCACGUUCCAGCAGCCCCCGAGCCUCUUCCUGCAGGACAUCAGAAGACUCUUGGAGAGCUGUGAGAUGAUGAAGUUCAAGCCCCCGGUAGAGAUUUCCUCCCAUCUGGAAAGGAGACUCGAGGACUUCGUGCAGAGAAAUGUCCUGGUGAGGGGCACAUUGAGGAGGUGCCAAGACAGCCUGAUGUUUAAACUGCAAGAGCCAACCAACGUCACCCUGGACCCCUCCACGGCUCACCCCAACCUCCACAUCUCCGAGGACCUCAGGGAAGCCCGAGGCCACCUCCAGGCGCAGGACGUGCAGGACACCCCAUGGAGGUUCAACUACGAGCCCUGCGUGCUGGGGCAGCCGGGCUUCACCUCGGGCAGGCACUUCUGGGACGUGGACGUGGGGCAGGGGGGGGUCUGGGCGCUGGGGGUGGCCCGAGCAUCCAUCCCCAGGAAGGGACCCCUGAGCCUCACGCCCAAGGAGGGGGUUUGGGCGCUGGAGGCUUUUCACUCCCUCACGUCCCCCCGCGCCAGCGCGCGCCCGAGCCCCGUCCCCAGCAGGAUCCGGGUGUCCCUGGACUAUGAAGGGGGCCGGGUGGCGUUUUUCAGUGCUGCCGACGAGGCUCCCCUCCUGGUUUACACCAGAGCCUCCUUCAACGGGGAGAGGCUCCUGCCCUGGUUCAAGAUGGGGAUGGGCGCGCGCCUGCAGGACAUCAGCCAAGCCCUGCCCUCUGAGGAGCAGCCCCUGAGUGGGCAGCUCAUGGCCCCUCUGGACUGGGUUGGGUUCAGGUUCCCGCUCCGGAUCUGUCCUGAAGAGGCAAGCCAAAAAUGCCACCAAAUUCCCAGAGAAUUCCCAGCUGGACACCGAGGCACAAGGGCGAGAAGAGAAGAACCAGCAACCAGACAUAAGGAGCACCGUCAGCAGGUAUGUGGCCUCUCCAAAAGGCUGUUCCAUGGGGUUUUCCAAGAGCCAUGGUGGAGCAAUGCCCAUGGCGGCUGCUUCAGGGGGUCUGGAAGGGCAUUUGGGUACCACCACCACUAUGUGUUCAUCACCUCAUUCCUGGUGGCACCAGAUUCCCCCGGUGGUGACGAUUCCAAAGGUGAGGUUUUCCUCUUCCCUAGAUGUGGAAAAGCGACUUUCCAGCUCCCAGCAGAUGCCUCUCCGGAGUCAGAAGAGAGAUCCUGUCACUUCUCCUGGAGGAACGGAGGGCUGAAGGAGACCCUGAGGAAGCUGCAAGCCACCGUGACGCUGGACCCGGACACUGCGCAUCCCGACCUCAUCCUGUCGGAGGACGGGAAGAGCGUGCGGCGCGGCGCGGGCCGCCGGGACGUGCCGGACAACCCGGAGCGCUUUGACUACUGGCCCUUCGUGCUGGGCUGCCAGGGCUUCGCGGCCGGGCGGCACUGCUGGGACGUGGAGGUGGGCGACAGCGGGGACUGGGCGCUGGGGGUGGCCCGGGACUCCAUCCACCGCAAAGGGCACCUCAGCCUCUGCCCGCAGGGAGGGAUCUGGGGCUUGGAGAAGUGGGGGGGGCAGGUGCGGGCCCUCACCGCCCGCAAGGUGACGCUGCUGCCGCUGCGCUGGGUACCGCGCAGGGUCAGCGUCCACCUGGAUUACGGCGGCGGGACCGUGGCGUUCUUCGAUGCCGAUGAAGGGGGGCUCAUGUUCAUCUUCUCCCGAGCGGCGUUCACCGGGGAGAGGGUCCGGCCCUGGCUCUGGGUGGUGGGGGCCAGGUCCCAGCUCAGGCUGUGUCCGUGAGACACUGGGGGGAGCAUCCCCUAACCCCAACCCAGAGCAGCAUCCCCUAAACCAG